UGAACAUACAGUCCACUGUUUAAAAAUAUUUGAAGGUUAAUUUUUACAAUUGUUUACAGAUUUCGUGAUAAGCAAAUCAUUAAACAAAACAAUAUGCCCAAAAACAAGAAGAAAGCUGAAAGUUCUAGCGACAGCGACGAGGGACCUGUUGAUAGAAAUGUACCUCCAGAAAAGAAAGCCAAAAUGGGCUCGAGGACUACCGAUAAAGAGCCAACAUGGGUACUAGAGGGUAAGAAGCUUGUCAAAGUGAGGGAGUUCAAGGGGAAGAGUUAUGUGGAUAUUCGCGAGUUUUACGAGAAGAACGGGGACUUGUUACCAGGGAAGAAAGGCAUCAGCCUGACCCCGGAGCAGUGGCGGAAACUGCUGGCGUUGGCGGAGGAAGUGAACGAGGAACUCAGUAACUGUUAGUUUGGAACAAAUAUACUGUAUGAUUGUGUUACUAUCUGUAAGAUUAAAGUUUUGUUGAGCAAAUUAUA